AUGGCAUCCGGAUCCACCACUAUGUCUCGAGCUCGCCUUUAUCUGACAGAUCCAGGCGAGCCUGAAGGCAGCGAUAUGGAAGAUGCCAAGGAAGCCCCGUGCCAGCUUUCCAUCGAGCGGCUAUUCGAAAACUUGCCAAAUCCAACAUCCAACGAUAGAUACGCCGAUCAGGAACAAGAUCACGAGUACAAGAAAUCUCUCCGGCUUUUCUUGGAAGAAGAAACUGGCCCGGCUGAGCAUGACAACGAAUGCCAAAAACUCAAGUCCGUUGCCAGCAAUGUAUUGAAAGGCAAGAACCCCCACGGUGUUCGUGUCGCGUUUAUCGACGGUAUUGCACCUAUGAUUAUAGACAUGUCAAAAUACGAUCCCGAAUCAGCCAAGUCACGAUAUCUUGCACAUUGCAAGUGGAUAUUGCAGGGAAGGAAAGAUCAUGAUGCUUACGACGGGGAUCUAUCGGAUCCGGAUCCGGAUGAAGACAGUGACGUUGAAUACAAUCAAAUUCCUAAGAAGCUCACCGCUCAGACAAAGUGUGCUUAUUGCAACAGCGAAGGACACCAAUUCUGUUGCAUAACCUGCAUGGUGAUCACCGGUUCUCGUGAGACUAUUGGGACUGGCUACUGUCGUAGAAGAUGCGAAGUGCUCGACCAGGACGACCACAUGCUUGUCUGUCUCUGGCGUAAGCGUUUUGCGCGAAGUGUGCGCCUUAUGCAAAUUAUUCUCUUGACUAUGGAGAAGGAGCAGACUACUCUUUACCUAGAAGGUUCUUAUGAGCGCGACGGCAUGAUAUUCUUGAAGGAGAAGUCGUGCCACUUCAAGGCCAUGUUAGGGGAUAAGAUCAUGUGGGGAUUCAACAGCGAGGUUGUAGAAGAGAAUCACCAAAAGGCAGCCCUACAAGAUCAAUAUCAUCCGGACUUGCCCUUCAUGAUGUUGAGUUCAACUCAAGAAUGGCUUUGGAACGGUCUCGUCGAGAGCGUUGAGCAAUACACCAUCUUAGUCAAGAAUGCUCAUCGUCCUAUUGUCCGUCAUACCAUACACAAUACUAUCGAGUCCAGCAUGUUGCGACCUCAUACUGUCUUUUGCGUCACUCUGCGUACUGGAGAGAAGUUUGCAGUGGAUUACGCGGCAGCCCGAUUCGGCUGGGCUGAGACAUUGUCCCAUUGGGAUCACUUUGCAGCGCAUCGACUGAAACGGGUUAUUAGAAGAAGCUUCCCGGGAGCUUGGGAGCGAGAUCCCGCAACGAUGAUACCAGCUUAUCUCCCCGAGAAAAAGAAGGCUUACCUGCAUACUAUAUUCCUACGUAUAGUCUGUUCUGAAGUGCGCCAGUCCCUGCAGUUAGCAUAUCCAGAUGCAUCUUUCGACACUGCCAUCAGCGGAUCAAUUACCGAUCCAAUUUGGAAAGCGAUCGCAGAGAAUUUCACAGAUACUACCCAAAUUGUAUUUGACGAAGAAAACGUGGUGAGGUUCAUCUCCGAGUUAAAGAUCAAAGCCAGACUAUAUUUGAACGACAACCUUGAGGUGUGGGUCGAGAACCACGAUAAAGAUCACGAACGCCUGGAGAAUGUCUGGUUUAGCGAGAACCAGCUCGAAUGGAUUAAGACUUAUAUCCCAGAUAACAUGGAAGUUUUGAAGAAGAUAUGGAAUGAUUGGCUUUCUCACCGCGGUAUUCAUUUCAAGGAUCCCGUGCCUUCUCCUAUCGAGAUAGAGAACGGUGCUUCAGUUUUUGAGGAAUAA